AUGAGCUGGAAAGCAACUCAUAUAAAACCCCAUCUUUAGCUUUGAAAUUAGGACACAGUUUGGCCAAAGUUGCAGGCAUUGUGCAGUGCAAUGCCAUCAUUGCAAAUCGCCAUGAUGUUGCAGAGUCAGCUAAGCAAUUUGCCACUCUGUAUGAGAAAAAGUGGAACGAGUCUAUUUCAGCCGCUGCACUGGGUACACUUAAGCAAGCCAAAUGGAAUAAACCACAGAUUUUACCAUUUACACAGGAUAUGUCACGGCUGCACAAGUUUCUUGCUACCGAAUCUGCUAAGUGCAUGAAGGACCUGGAGGAAAACCGCAACAGCAUAACCUUUGGAAAUCUUGCGAAAGUGACUUUAACGCAGGUGGUACUAUUUAACAGAAAAAGGCAAGGGGAAGUUUCAAAAAUGGAGCUCCAGGUUUUCACAUCCCGGAAUCGCACAGAGCUUAAUCCUGACAUUAUGAUCGGCCUUACUGAGUUGGAAAAGAAGCUUGCAAGGCACUUUGACAGAGUUGAGAUUCGUGGUAAAGGGUCAAGAAUGGUACCUGUGCUUCUCACACCUGACAUGAUCGCUGCAAUGGACCUCCUCGUGACAAACAGGAAUGACUGUCAAGUCUGCACAGAGAAUGUGUACUUGUUUGCACGCCCAGGUGUCUUUUCCCAUUACAGAGGCUCUGACUGCUUUCGCAAGUAUGCUAAACAAUGUGGUGCAAAGUACCCAGAGGCACUCACCUCAACAAGAUUGCGGAAACAAGUCACCACUUUGUCCACAGUACUAAACCUUAAAGAAAAUGAAAUGGAUCAACUUGCCACCUUUCUUGGGCAUAACAUCCGUGUCCACAGAGAAUUCUACCGGCUUCCAGAGAGUACCCUGCAGCUUGCAAAAGUCAGCAAACUGUUGAUAGCAAUGGAGAAAGGAAAACUCUCUGAUCUGCAAGGGAAAGGGCUGGAUGACAUCGAGAUCAAUCCUGACGAUGAAGUAACCACGAGUGAUGAUGAUUCCAGCGAAGAAACCAUUGCUGACCUACAUCAACUCAAAGGCUCAAGAACUGAGACUUCUGGUGAUCCAAGCCACGCACUUGACUCAACCACCCUGGACAGCAUGGAGGGCACUUCUGCCUCAAUCACCUUGGACAGCAUGGAGGGCACUUCUGCCUCAACCACCUUGGACAACAUGGAGGGCAAUUCUGCCUCAACCACCUUGGACAACAUGGAGGGCAAUUCUGCCUCAACCACCUUGGACAACAUGGAGGGCAAUUCUGCCUCAACCACCUUGAACAACAUGGAGGGCACUUCUGUUUCAACCACACUGGACAACAAAAAUGGCAACACUGAACCAAGAAAUGAUUCCCAGCAGAGCACAGCACUUCAAGUGGGUACAUCCCAAGCAUCCGCAAAGUGCUCCAGUGGAAAGCAAGCUGGGAAAGUGAGAAGCAAGUGGACAGGUGAUGACGUGAAGGCUGUUGAGAAGCACAUGAUGCAUUUCAUAACAAGCUGCAAAGUACCAGGUAAAAGGGACUGUGAGUCCUGCCUCCAAGCAGAGCCAGUUGCUCUGAAAGACAGAGACUGGGUUGCCAUCAAAUACUACAUUCACAACAGAAUCAUAGCAUUAAAAAAGGAAGAUGAAUAGAUAGAACUAUGACAUGCAAACUGUGGCUAAGGUACUGUUUUAUAUCAGUUGAACUGAAUUUUAUUUUCAUUCCAUGUUGAUUGGAAAAGAUUGUGCUAAGUUGCUCAGUCCUGGCAAAUGUUAAGAUUAAUGAGCAGUUUUUUUUUUUUCAAUCCCCAACUCUCUUGGUUUUAUUCACAGUACCUGCCAUGAUUUCUUUUAGAAAAUGAGGUUUAAGAGGAUAGGUUCAUACUCUCACUCUCAGUUUCAACAAGCAGUAGCAGGGUUCUCUCCGGUCUAGUGGCGAAUCGUCACAGCGUUCAGCAUUGCGUUGUUCUUACCCAUAAGUUGUUGAAUCUGGUUUUUGAACUUCACUGGAAUGGGAGCUAUGUAAAUUCUGACUUUAUUUAGUAAUUUUAUCUGAAUAUACUGUUUCAUAGAAGCUGUAAGCUUCAAUAGAGGAUUAGAGGAUUAAUUGUGUUUUUUUCAUAGAAAGAUACAAAACUGGUUCAGUUCAAACAGGCCCUGUCUACUGCCUUGUGCCAUGGAGGGAAGGAGGCAAGAUGUCUGUAUUUUAUGUGGUCUGUUCUGUUUCAAUUCACAUAUGUUGCCAGCAAUUAAAAAAUAAAGAAUGGCAGAAAGUG